GCGCUGCAGCCUGAGACGCUCUCGCGGCACCGUCGCAGCCACCGGUGCUCGGGCAACGACACACGACCCAGCGCAAGCGACUUUAAGUAAAGGAGCACCGCUGCGUAGGAAAGGGCAGCCCCAUGGCGACCGGGGACGAUGCUCUUGCUAAAAACAGAGAUGUGUUCGCGAAGACCCUAAGGAUGGAGGAGACCCAGUUCGGGAGGUCGGACCCGCGUCUCGCCGAGACGCUCAAGAGCUUGGGCGAGACGCACGCGGCGCUAGGCGAGCAUCGGGACGCGGUCGACACGCUCGAGCGCGCCUUGGAGCUCACCAUCCGACAUAAUGGACGCGAUUCAUUGGAAGCGUCAGCAGUCCUCCAUUCGUUGGGCAAUGCGCACGGCGACUUGGGCGACCACGCGACGAAGCGGGAUCUGCUCGAACGCGCCCUCGACAACUACACAGAGGACGACGCUGCUGUCGCCCAGACGGCGUAUGAACUUGCCUUAGCGCAUGGGGAAUUGGGGGACGACGCGCGGAAGAAGCAGUUGCUCGAGCGAGCUUUGGCGAUUGAGGAACGGGAACUGGGGCGCGACCACGCCGAUUUAGCGAUCACGCUCAUGCACCUGGGCCAGGUCUACGCUACGACAGGAGAACACGCUAAAAGGGUGGUGGUCCUGGAACGGGCCCUAGCCAUCGAGGAGCGGGAGUACGGGCCCGCCCACGCAGACCUCGUGGCCUCCCUCAACAACUGUGGAGUGGCCUAUUCUGAGAUCGGCGACCACGAACGAGCGUUGACGUUAUUUAGUAGAGCAUUAGCUAUCGAAGAACGGGAAGACACGGUCGAGUCGAGUACGCUGCAUAAUGUGGGAGGGGCGUACUUCGGCCUCCAAGAUUAUGAACAAGCUUCGCAUGUGUUUGACCGCGCCUUGGAGUUGGACAUGGACAGGCACGGCGAGAAGGGCGCGGAGAUCGUCGCUAGUAUAUUGCUGUUGGGCAGCGCGCACGAGGCUUUGAGUGAAAUAGAGACGGCCUAUGAAUUGUACAUGCACGCAUUAACGAUCUGUGGCGGGGACCACCCCUCCCUAGAAGCUUGUAGAGAGGCUUUACAACGGGUGGCGCCGCCCGACGAUGGGUUGACAGAUGGCCUCGUCGAGAUCGAGCGGCAUGCGUUGACGCACGGCGAGUUAGUUGUGUCUUCUGGAAGCGUGGUGGACGCUCACGUCGACGCGAUCGUGAACGCGGCGAACGAGCGAUGUCUGGGCGGGAGUGGCGCCGACGGCGCCAUCACGAGAGCCGGCGGGGCUUCACUAGCGGAGGCGCGGCAGGCCUUACCUGUGAGCGACGACAAGCGCUGCCAUACUGGAGACGCCGUCCUCACGUCGGGUUCCUUCGGGUCCCUGCGCUGCGCUUGUGUCAUUCACGCCGUCGGGCCCGAUUACCGACAAGUGGAUCUGAAGAAGGGCGACGCGCUACUGCGGAGCGCUUAUGGGGAGGCGAUGCGAUUAGCGCGGGACCAGGACUGUUCUACGGUCGCCUUUUCGUUGCUGAGUGCGGGCGUCUUUCGAGGGAGCCGGUCACUGGACGACGUCCUGAUGAUAGCGGUCGAGGCCCUUCGCGACGCGUGUUUCGAGGGUUUGGACAGAGUGCACCUCGUCGCCUUCUCUCCAGAAGAACAGGAGGUAUUACAGAGGGUCGCGGCGGCGCCUCCCGUCUCUGUGGAGUCGUCAGAGGAGGAGUACGCCUGUGAAAGAGGCUGCGGCUUCACCGGUUCGUUUGGGGACGUCGAAAAACAUGAGGCGGCGUGCGCCUACGAGCCGCCGGCGCCGGUCCAAACGCCGCGGCCCGUCACGCCUCCACAAAAAUUGCCGCCGCUCUCGCCGGAGCCGGACUGGGCCAAGAUCGCGACGGCCGCGCGGUCCAAGGUUGAGAUGUUAGAAGCGCGCGUCCGGGCCCUGGAGCGGGCGUCUCCUUCCAAAAGUCGCUACUAUGACUCUUCCGAUUCUGAUGAAGAGGAAGAGUUCUUCUACACGCGGACGCCUUAUACAACAAAGAAGCUCCCUCCCUUGGACACGCUGCCCGCGCGGUCCCUGUCCGCGGCGUUGCGGCGGGGGCGGCCGUUGCGCCGGGACGACUAUGAGCGGCGGUCGCUGUGGCAGAUGCUUAAGUAGUGGCGGAUGUGUGA